AUGAGUCUCGUCCGUGGUAUUGGCGGCUACGAAACACCCCAAGCCCCCAACGACUUUCAAAGAACAUCAAUCGAACACGUUUAUUCGCAGGUAGCCGCCAUGGAGUCCAUUGCAACUAAUGUGGAAGGCGAAGGCACGGCGACCAGGAAGCAGAUGCAACCGGGCAAGCGAAAAGUCAAAACUGGUUGUACCACCUGCAGCAAAAUUCGUCGAGUAAAGUGUGACGAAGCAAAACCUUUCUGUGUAAGAUGUACAUCAACGGGUCGAAAAUGUGAUGGCUACGACAUCAAUGCAAACCCGCGAUCUCGCAAAUGUGAAGUAGCGCUGGCAAAGACCUCGCCGAAUCGGCAUCCACCGACUGCCGUGUCAGCCGCCUCCAUGGCUAUGUCCUUACCAAGGCCGCUGCUUGCAGAUAUAUCCGGAACUCAAGUUGAGCGCUUCUACUUCAAUUGCUUCAGAACGAUCGCAGGAGAAGCAGUGGGUAUUCGCCACAAGUACAACGCCAUGUUCUGGAAGGAAACUGUCCCCCAAUACUGCUACGAGGUGGAAUCUAUGAAACAUGCCUUCAUCGCGUUCGGAGCUGCUUAUCACAAUUUUCAAACCGCCGGAGAAAGAGCUGAUCCUUCAGCCCCGCCGAGCAAAACCGAACGCUUCAUUAUCCAGCAGUACAGUCUAGCCAUGAAGGGGCUGGCGCAAGACACUCAACAAGUCAGCGUCCGCAGAAGAUACGGCAUCACCCUCAUUAGCUGCAUCGCCUUCUUUUGUAUAGAGAUGCUGCGGAAUGACUGGCAUGCGGCCCUAACUCAUUUAUCAAAUGGCCUCCAGCUCAUGGCAAACUUGCCAGACGAGGUUUCCGACCUCCUGAACAACCCUGAAAAAUGGAGCCAAGGGUCAGAUACCUCGCAUGCCAGGGUAUUGUAUAUGCUGCGGCUACUAUCUCGGUGGGAGGUAGCCAUGAGGCUGAUAACAGGCGACUUUCGUCCCCGUCUGACCCUACGAACGUACGAGGCUCGAAAAUUAGAUGCGUCCGCCGGGACAGACUUCAACACCCUCGAAGGAAUCUACGAAGCUGUAGAUGGAUAUUGCCAAGAUGCUAGCGCAUUUGCCUGGUUGACUAGAAAUCACCAAGGCGACACCCAUUUCUGGGCACAGCAUCGUCCCAAGCUCCAGCACUCUGUGUUGAUGGAGCGAUCCCGCCUGAUUGGAAACAACAUCUGCUUCUUCCAGAGCAACUCCGAUAUGAAUGCCCUGAGCAUGCAAGACAACAUUUUCUUCAACGCCAGCAUACUCCGCCAUAAAGGCGCCACUCUUAUACUGAGGAUGCUUCCACUGCCCGGAAUAUACGACAUGUCACCCGAGCCUGGCGAAAUAGCUCAGUUUGAGGAUUUUAUCCGCGCUGCAGUCAAUUUGCGUGAUUUACUAGUCGGUACAACAGUGGGCAAAUUAGUGGAAGAAAACGCCAACGUCGAUCUCGCUGUUGUGCCAACACUUUACGUGACGGGGAGCAGUUGCCGAGAUGAACGGCUGAGGAAGAAAAUCCUAUCCCUGGCAAUGGAGUGGCCACGCCGAGAAAAUUUAUGGGAUGGGCCAGCAUUGAGGCAUAUGCUCGAUGUGAAUGGGCUAAGGUCUAGCAGAUCGACGAGUCCAGUGGCGAAUCUGGCGAGUGAGACGGUGAAGUGGUCCAGUAGCUUACCAGGAAUGUGGUUUUAA